CUAUGGUUUUUGUGGACGCCAUCUUGUAAGUUAUCGUAUAUUAUUGAAAAUUCGUGGAAUUUUCUCGUGUGUUUAAUUUAUGUGUUUUAUGUGUGCAUUAUAAAAUGUCCAAACGGAGAAUUGAAGUAAUGGAUCCUUUUAUAAAGAAAAAACGGGAGGAGAAAGCAGCAGCUGCAGCCAAGUCAGGCAGUAGCGGGGAAUCGUCGUCGGACACGGUGGCCACGCUCGGCACUGCGAUGGCGCCAACGGCUACGAGCACACCAGGGAUCAACCCGUAUACUGGUCUUCCACACUCGCCGCGAUACCACGAGCUGCUCCGACGGCGGCUCGGCCUGCCCGUGUGGGAAUACAAGAACGACUUCAUGCGACAACUGAACACGCACCAGUGUGUUGUGCUCGUCGGAGAGACGGGCUCUGGCAAAACCACACAAAUACCACAGUGGUGUGUCGAGUUUGCGUCUAUAACACCCGGCAAGUCCAAGGGAGUCGCCUGUACACAGCCCAGAAGGGUAGCCGCUAUGUCGGUAGCUCAGAGAGUCGCGGAAGAAAUGGACGUAGCGCUCGGACAGCAAGUUGGUUACAGCAUCCGUUUCGAAGACUGCUCCGGACCUCAAACAGUGCUGAAAUACAUGACGGACGGUAUGUUGCUGCGAGAGGCCAUGUCGGAUCCGAUGUUGGAACAGUACAGAGUAAUUCUACUCGACGAGGCUCACGAGAGGACGCUAGCGACGGAUAUACUCAUGGGUGUGUUGAAAGAAGUGAUCAAACAGCGGCCGGACUUGAAGCUAGUUAUUAUGUCCGCUACGUUGGACGCAGGCAAGUUCCAGCAGUACUUCGACAACGCACCGUUGAUGAAUGUGCCCGGUAGAACGCAUCCCGUAGAGAUAUUCUACACGCCACAACCGGAGAAAGAUUAUUUGGAAGCGGCAAUACGGACGGUUAUACAGAUACAUUUGUGCGAAGAAGUGGCGGGUGAUAUACUGCUCUUCCUAACUGGUCAAGAGGAGAUAGAAGACGCGUGUAAAAGAAUUAAGAGAGAAAUUGAUAAUUUGGGUCCAGAUGCUGGUGAAUUGAAAUGUAUUCCUCUAUAUUCAACGUUACCACCGAACUUGCAACAGCGUAUCUUCGAGCCAGCGCCUCCGAAUCGUGCGAACGGUGCGAUCGGACGGAAAGUCGUUGUCUCAACUAACAUAGCGGAAACGUCGCUAACAAUAGACGGUGUAGUGUUUGUGAUCGAUCCCGGUUUCGCGAAGCAAAAAGUGUACAAUCCGCGUAUUCGUGUGGAAUCAUUACUAGUGUCUCCGAUAAGUAAGGCGUCAGCGCAACAAAGGGCCGGUCGUGCGGGGAGGACCAGGCCAGGGAAGUGCUUCAGGCUGUACACGGAGAAGGCGUACAAGAACGAGAUGCAGGAUAAUACGUAUCCGGAGAUUUUGAGAUCGAACUUAGGAUCUGUAGUUUUGCAGUUGAAAAAGCUGGGCAUCGAUGACCUCGUGCACUUUGACUUCAUGGACCCGCCCGCCCCGGAGACCCUCAUGCGCGCGCUCGAGCUGCUCAACUACCUCGCAGCGCUCGACGACGACGGCAACCUGACGGACCUGGGCGCGGUGAUGGCGGAGUUCCCGCUCGACCCACAACUCGCCAAGAUGCUGAUCGCCUCGUGCAAUCACAACUGCUCCAAUGAGAUACUGUCCAUCACCGCCAUGCUGUCUGUGCCGCAAUGCUUCGUCCGGCCGAACGAAGCCCGCAAAGCGGCCGACGAGGCCAAGAUGCGGUUCGCGCACAUCGACGGCGAUCACCUCACGCUGCUCAACGUGUACCACGCUUUCAAGCAGAACAUGGAGGACCCGCACUGGUGCUACGAUAACUUCAUCAACUACAGAUCUCUGAAAUCGGGCGACAACGUGCGGCAACAGCUCAGUAGGAUUAUGGACAGAUUCGGCUUGAAGAGAACGAGUACGGAGUUUACUAGCAAAGACUAUUACAUUAAUAUAAGGAAAGCGCUCGUCAAUGGAUUCUUUAUGCAGGUGGCCCACUUAGAGCGAAGCGGUCACUAUCUAACGGUUAAGGACAAUCAGAUAGUUCAACUGCAUCCGUCCACGUGCCUAGAUCACAAGCCGGACUGGGUCAUAUACAACGAGUUUGUGCUCACCACCAAGAAUUAUAUACGCACCGUCACGGAUAUCAAGCCGGAGUGGCUGCUGCGCAUCGCCCCGCAGUACUACGAGCUGAACAACUUCCCCGCGUGCGAGGCGCGGCGCCAGCUCGAGCUGCUGCAGGCGCGGCUCGACUCCAAGCCCUACCAGGAGGGCUUCUAGGGCUCCGGGGGCUUCAGGGGCCCGGGCCGUUGAGUGCGGGCCCCAGAGCGGUGGAGUGGAUAGUGGAGCGGGCAGUAAAGUGGAGAAUAGUAGGCAAGAAAGACUCUAAAAGUAGCAAGCAAGCAUGCAAAAGGUCUUGAAAAGCACCAGCAGGGCUUGAAAAGUGGCAAGCAGUGGUGGGCCCUGCUAACAGCGAGUAAAUGGGGCUACAAAGCAAGUGAUUAUUGGCGAGUCUGGGGCCAUGUGAAUGGGGCAUUUGGGGCCCUCUAAAUAACGAGUAAUUGGAGCUUCAAGAGAAUAAUGAUGUAUUGGGGCCCUAUAAAAAAAGCUGGCCAACAUUGGCUCGAAUGAAGUAGCUGCAAAGUAAUGUACAGUUGGAUUUGAACAUGCGAAAAGGCAAUAGAGGUGAUUCAAAGAGUGUGACUUGCAAACGGCUGGACUGAAAGGAAGGAAACAAAGAGGUUCACAUGCAUUAAAAAGCACAACAUAUGAUAUUAUGAUACUCUAAUGUAUAUCUGGAGCUUUCCAUCUCUAAAACUCCAACAUGUUGAGUGUUACAAACGGUACCACCAAAAUAAAAUCGUGAGGCCCCAAAAUGCCGUGUACCCGCCCAGGGCCCCAGGCCCCAAUUUUCACUGAACUGUGACUGCUGCGUGUAAUGACUGUGCCGCUUUUCUAUUGUGUCGGAUAACUGUGCUAAUUGGAACUGAUGUUUGUAGUAUGGUCGAGUUUUGAGUAUUUGAAGAUGUUUGGGGCCUCGGAGUGUAGUUUUAAUUUAAUGCUAAUUACUAGUACUCGCGGUACGGAUAUGUUAGUAUAAAUAUACAAAAUAAAAUGUAUAAAUAAUGUGAUUUUUUUUAAUAAAGCCUUCGUUUAAAAUAAUUGUAUGUGUUUUUAAACCGUUCUCUUAAGAGAAGUUCAGGCCCUAGAAGGUCGAGGCCCCAAAUUUGCGAUGUUAGAGGCCCCAGUAUUUCGCUGCCCUAUAAGGGUAAGGCCCGAGGCCCCAAGUGGGGCCCAAAUGUUAAAUAUUUGAUAAAAAGUGAAGUGAACAGACAGUGACUUGUGUAUCUGUGUAAGAGAAAAAAUAAUGUUACACAAAUUGUGCGUAAUAUACUUUAAUAUUGAUA